AUCUAGUGAUAUUUAGUUUGCAUGACAAUAGUGAAAUUGAUUAAGAAGUUAAUGUAAAAUAUAGUAUUUCAUCAAAAAUAAAAUUAAUCGUGCAAUGUGCAAGUGAAUAUUAAUGUACUUUAUUUUAUACGUGCCAAUAAAUUUUAAGUAUAUCGUUUAGAUAUAAAAAAUCUAUGGAGAGGAGAAGUUACUUCAAAACAGCAUACGAUUGAAGAACAAGGAGAUUACGCUUUAGAUAGACAUUUUAUCAACAUCAUAGACACCAAUAAUAGUGAGGAGACGACUGCAUCAAAUAUAUUAAAAUCAAAAUCUUUCGAACUGGUUCAUAGUGAGAACUCGCCACAGUCUGUGAGAAAGUGUUUCAAACGAAUACCAAACACAUCUUCUCAGGAGCAUUACCAACAGGAGAGAGAAAUGACAUCGAUCGUCGGCACUUAUCAACAUGAAAGCAAUGAAAACCUCGACGAAUAUUUUAAAGCUGUGGGUGUACCAUACAUUCCACGAAAACUGAUGUGUAUGUCCAGUCCGCGACUGGAAAUAUCGAACGAUGAUGAUAAAUGGACCAUUCGUACCAUUACAAUGAUUCGUAUGGCAGAAGUGACGUUUACUCUCGGUGAAGAAUACGAAGAAUACAUGCCUACAGGAGUUAUACUGAAAAAUAUAACUACACUGGAGGGAGAUAAUCUAGUGACAGUUUCAGUCGGUCCAAAUAACAGCAAAGUAUUACGGAAGUACGAAAUUACAAAAGAUGGUGUAGUUUUGAUAAUGACUCACGAAAAGAGUGGCCAAAUAGGAAAACGCUAUUUUAAGCGUCUUUAAUAAAUUUUAAUUGCAAAAA